UUUUUAUCAGCUGUCGGGUUCCUUCUUCUUCUUACUACCAAGGAAAAUAAAAAAUAAAACGCAACGGAAAGCAAGGAAAAGCGACGAAAAGCAGAGAGUACCACCCCCAGUGACGAGAAUUGUUAAGUUUAUUGCCAUGGAAUGACUUAAUCUACACAAGAUGACGGAGAAAGACGAGAUGGGUGCCAAUGGUGGGGGAGGCAGCGGCAGCAACAGCAAUUGCCAGGCCCAACUGCAGCUGUGCGUGCGUGGAAAUGUGUCAUGGCAGCAGCUGCCCGUGCACCUGAGAUCCGUGCUGCACAACAAUCAGCGCGACUACGAGAAGUUUGUGUUCAACUACAGCCUGAAGAAUCAGCUGCGCUAUCGCGGCAACCUGGCCUCCAAGGUGUUCGGCCAGGAGCAGCGCUACUACGAGCUGCUCAUCCAGAAGAACAUCAACGGGCUGGGCGUCUUUCCCUACCACCUGGCGGACAUUGUGACCAAGGGACUGCGUGUGACACCCUUCAACUACUAUCUGGAUGUGCUCAGCCAGCUGCUGCGCAGCGACAAAAGCUACGACACGCUGCCCAACUUCACGGCCGCCGACUGUCUGCGCGUGCUGGGCAUUGGCCGGAACGAGUAUCUGGCGCUGAUAAGCGACCUCAAGACACACACCACACGCACGCUGAUGUUCAGGGCCAAGCCCAAUCCGCAGGACUUUCUGCCACGCUUUCCCGUGCUGGUGCACAUCGAGCCCUGGUGGCGCCUCGACAUUGGCUACGUGCUGGAGUCGGACAUACGCUACGUCAGCCCGCCGGAGCGCAGUUUGCUCGAUGAUCUGAUCGAUUUUGGUGCCCAGCCAGCGGGCAAAUGUGACUACAAUGUGGUGCACAGUCUCUACCGCAAGGGUCUCAUCUAUUUGGACGUUCCCAUCUGCGGCGAGGAUCGCAUUUCCAUUCCUCCCUUGCGCAACUUUGUCAUGAAUCGCGUCAGUGGGGACUACUUUGAGAAUCUGCUGUACAAGAUCUUUGUGAGCACCGACGAGCACAUGACCAUCGCUGAGCUCGCGCACAUGCUGCAGCUGGAGCUGGACUGCGUGAAGCAGGCAAUUUCCUUUAUCUGCCGCUUGGGCUUCGCACAUCGCAAGCAGGAGCAGGAGCAGCCGCCAAAUCAUGCCAGCUGGGAGGGUUACAAUCUGCAGCAGCAGCCAGAGACGCCACAGAUAACGCCGCUCAAUUACAAUCCGCAUGCGGGCAGCUUUGAGUUUGAGCAGCCGAGUCCCAAGUCCCCGAAGACGCGGGACAAGGACAGCAGCUCCAUUGGUUACCUCUCCUCGGAUGGGAACACGAGCGAUUUUAGUUUUGCCAACUUGAACACCACACCCACGGGCCCCGACGAGCAGGAGCUCAGCUCCGAGCUGGAGGAUGUCAGCGAACGCACCACAAAAACACAUUCCAAAACAGCAGCCCCAGUGGCUCCGCCCAAGAGCGGCAAGCGCGUGGGUUUCCUCUUUGACUCCACGCUCACCGCCUUUCUGAUGAUGGGCAACCUGUCGCCUGGGCUGAAGAACCACGCGGUGACCAUGUUCGAGGUGGGCAAACUCUGCGAGGAGAGCAUGGACAGUUUUCUGACCGAACUGGAGCAAGUCUCGCUGCUGGAUGCUGAGGGUGAGGGCGAUGUCUCCAGGUACUUUGCGCAUGCCGUGAUCCUACGCUCAACCAUCUGCUCGCUGCGCCAUUUGCUGCCGGGUGGACUGGAUCUGCUGCGACUCGAGUGCCUUGAGGGCUUGGACAGACAGACGCGCGAUCGUGUGCUGGAGAAGAAGUACAAGUUUAUCAUUUCCGCCUCACCGCUGACGGCAGCGCUGAGUCACACUUUCAGCAUUCCAUUUUUUGGGCAAUUUCUGCGCAGCUCCGAUGUGGCGCCCAUGUGGUGCAAGUUGUUUUUCAAUCAUAUCACAGGCUAUGGUCCGCCCAGCUUGCUGCUGUGCCGCGGCACUGUGUUGAAGUCCCUCCCGCGCCUCUUUCUGGGCUAUGGCAAGCUGCUGGUCAACAUUCUGCACUCGGAUGCGUACGUGCUGAACUCCGAGAGCUUUCGCAACAUAAAUGAGCAGCUGAAGAACGGCUGCGUGCUGCUGCAAGGCUAUGGCAUACGCUCUGCCGGCGCCCUGCACUACGAAUCAUUUCCAUUCCAGCCCACAGAUGGGCGACAAGUCAAGUGGGCGGCACACAGGGCCGUGCAAAAGCUGAACGCGCUGCUGGAUCUGCGCCAGCAGUGCGGCUACAUCACAUUCCUGAACACGGGCGUGCCCGAUCUCGGCUGCGAGGAGUACGAGCUGCAGGUGAGGCUGAAGCCGCCGCAGCGUAAACGCUCCUCGCUGCCAGCCAACAAGCUCAGCAAUCAAGUGCCAAACAGUGAGGCGGCAACACCCGCCACAGAGCUGACCAGCUAUCAGCUCAAGUCUCCCGACGAGAAUCAUUUUGCAGCCACCCCAGAGCAUGGACCAGCCAAUGAGUUUACGUCGCCCGAUUGCAGCCAGGUGCUGGCUAGCGAACUAGCCAAAUGCAGUCAGAGUCGCGCGGAACUGCUCUCGCAAAGCUCCGUGGAGAUACCCCUGGAGGAUGGCGCUGGCGAGCCAGAAGCCAGCACCGAGGAGUGGACCCUGCUGGAUGUGAAUUUUGGAGUCCCACUCUUCGAUGUGGACACCAACACGCGGAUCUGCGAGCAUCUCGUGCACGGGCUGUGCAGCGACUCGAACCUGGAGGCCCUUUCCGCCUCUGCGCAGCAAACCCGCGCGCUGUUCCUCGAGUUUGUGCGGCAGUGCCUGUACUUUGAGGAGGAUACAGCGACGCCACAGGAGCUGCUGGAACCGCUGCAGGCAGCACGGCCACUGCCACAUCCGCGCAUUAAUCUAGCAUUCGAGAAUGGACACGUUUGCUAUUGGAAUGGGCGCUAAGGUAACACAUUGCCGCGAUCCCAGUAUAUGUCCAGUCCAAGAGUAUUUAUCUGUGUACGUUCCCAAGUCGCUUAUCAGUUGAGUUUCUGUACAGUUUCGAGACGAGACGCGAUAAAGCUUUUACCCCACACACUACACACACACACACAUCCCAGACUAUAUAUCCGAUAAUAUAGUAAUAACGAUAAGUCAAAGUUAGCGUGACGUCAAGGCCGAACCGGCAGAUUUUUCGUUUCUUCGCUUUAUUUUAUUAGUUUUGUAAGUUCUGUAAGCCGGGAAAACGACAAAGAUUGGCAAUGCAUAACUAUAUAUGUAAAACACAUCCA